GAGACUAUCCAUAGAAAAAAAAAAGUCUCGACAGAAAGUUCUAAAAGGAGUGAUUUUUUGUUAAAAUUUAAAUCUAGACUAAAUGAACAAAUCUAGAUCUACUCAAUAUUAUUUUAAUUAUACAAAUAGAUAAAUAGAGAUCUAGAUCUAUUUAUUAAAUAUGUUUGUUUUUAAGUCUUUCUCUGUCUUUUUUGUUCUGGUUGUGUUUUCUUCGGUCAUGGUCUUGGCAGCAGACGAAGUCGAAGAACUUCAAAUUCAAGAAGACCAAGUUGAACAACCCGAACCUCAGCAAGAAAUUCUUGAAAUUGAAGUUGAAAAGCUAUCUGAUAAAGGUGAAGAGACGGAUCUAGACCUUGAUUUAACUGGCAUUGAUGCUACAGCUAAACUAGGAGAUGAAGUUGUUUUACAAGUAGAUGAAAAAAACAAUAAUAUAGCUGUAGAAAAUGCAGAUCGAGACCUAGACCAAGAUCUAGAGAGUCUAGAAGUAAACAAUGAAAUACAGAAUCAGAAUGAUAAUCAAGAUAUUGAUGAAGUAAAAACUGUUUUAGUUUUACAAGAAACAGAACUAUCAUUUGAUAAACUUUAUUUAGAUGGUGUAAUAGCUUAUGAAGAUCAGCUUUGGUACUCCUGUGCAAGCAAAAUAGAAAGAGCUAUAAAAGAUUAUAAAAAUUACAAAUCAGUUUUAACAAACUGCAGACUUAAUUGUAGCAAAGGUUUGCGCUCCUACAAACUGUCAAAUCUUACAGUUAAUAUUCCAGAGUAUGCUUCGUAUGUUAAAUUUCUGACAUUAGCAGAUUGUUACAGACGAUGUAAAAAUGAAACAUUAAAAACACAUCCAAAAAUUACAAAGAAGUUGGAAACUGCUUUUGAGUUACGAAAACCUUACAUGUAUUUACAGUAUUGUAAUUAUAAGCUGGAUCGCUUCAGUCAAGCUGCUUCGGCUGCUUAUACAUACUAUUUAGCAAACCCUGAUGAUCCUGAUACAACAAAGAAUAUUGUGUUCUAUAGAGAUACAGUGAAAGUUCCAGAAGAUGAUUUUAUUGACUUAGAAAUGUUACCUUACAAAGAAUAUUACAUACGAGGUCUGCAUGCUUAUAAAACUGAGCAGUGGAAAGAUGUGAUUUACUGGAUAGAGCAAUGCUUGGAUGACUACUGGAAACAAGAUGAAAAAUGUAAUGCCAAUUGUGACGCUCACGGGGAGAUUACCAGUCAUGAUUUUGCUACAACAGUUGCAAAUUUGAUUAUUGGCCUUUUAAAUUGUCGCAUCCAGUGUGAAGAUAAACUCAGCACUGUGUACACAGAGCCUAUUCCAUUUUUCCUGCGUGACUUGUAUCAUUACCUUCAGUUUAGUUAUUUUCAAGAAAGUGAGUUUGAGAAAUCUGCUGAGGUAGCUGAAACAUUCCUUCUGUUUUCACCUUCUCAUGAAGUUAUGGAGAAAAAUAAAGAAGUGCUGCAACAAAAAUUAGAUCAGAUACAUUCUGAGUUUACUCCCAGACAAGAUGGUGCUGACUAUGUCAAGAGAAGGCAGGAAACUUAUGAUUUUAUGGAUUUUCUAGUGAAAAAUUAUAAAUAUUCUGACCGUCUAGAUGAAUUUGAUGUCACAGAAGAAGAGCAGGACCCAAGGCAAUCUUCAGAAGGACAGGAGCAAACAUCCUCUGGUAAGAGUGAAAACUGGCUAGACAAAUAUGAAAAACUGGGCAUGCACAUCAUAGCUAAAUCUGGAGACCUUAACAGGGAAGAGAGAUUUGUUAUAGACGGUUUACUGAAGGAGAAUCAGUGUACAGAAACACUCAAUCUUAUUCAGGAUGUAAUAGAACUACCAUCUGGUGCCUAUGAAUUUAAUUUUAAACUUUCUCAAAAGAAAUUAUUAGAAAAUCCUUCAGAAGAAUUUGAAACCUUAUUAAGGCAUUUGAUCAGAGCUGUUGAGUACAUUCAACACUACGCACAGGUUUAUCGGAACUCAGAAAUAACUCUUUUCAUUAAGAAAACAUCUAUCAUUUGUUGGAAAGACCUUGAAGAUCCUGACAUCAAUCAGGAUUGUUAUCCCCAAGAGGAUGGAAGCUGUAUUCAGUUCAAUGAUUUUCCAGACAGCCUUCAUCCAGAUUACUUUACGACUGUCACUUAUUUGAACGCAGUUGAAAAUGGAGAUUUUCAAUUUUUAAAUGAGAAUGGAGAUGUUGAUAGCUCAUUUGGAGUCAAGUGUGGGAGAACAGUUGGGUUCAAUUCCGCUGACAGACUUAGAGUCAAAGUGCCCCGAAAAGGGGCCCAGAGAUGUGCUUUAGUUGUAAGAUACUCAACACACAUGGAGGACAUAGAAGUGGAUUUACAUGAACUGCUAAGGCUGCUGCACCAAGUGGAUGAGCUGAGGUACAACCAAACCAAGGAGGAUGCUGCUGUGGUUCUCAAACGGUUUGAAGACAAAGGUGUCAAAGUUAUCAAAACAGCCGAAGAUUUGAAAGGUGAAGAAAGGUUUGCAGCUGAAGGCCUGGCUACAGAUGAGCAGUGUGAAAUAUUGAGGAAUGUUGCCUUGCAUGCCAUUUUACAGGAGCUUGGCAGAACUGGAGAUGGUUACUCUGGUGUAAGGUCUCCGCACACAGCUAAUGAAAUAUUUGUUGGUGUUACACUUGAACAUUUUAGAAAGAGCCUAACUGUGGUUCCUGCAAGCUAUUUUGGUCUCACUACUAAACCUACCUUCAUCUCCCCCCACACGAAGAAUGAGCUUCUCCAUGGGAUUUCAGUGUAUAAGGCUAAUAAGCUGCUUUUAGACGGCUAUGUACAGUCGUAUGGUCUUAGGAUGCUACUUGAACGCAGUGAGGAAGCAAGACUGUUUGUUGAGAAGUAUUUUAACCUGACAAAGCCGCUAUUCUUUGAGUACACUCACCUUGUUUGUAGAACAGCUAUAAAUGAUUCCAACACAGACCGCCAAGAUUUGAGUCACCCAGUACAUGGAGAUAAUUGUAUCUUACAGCCUGAUGGAACUUGUACUCAUGACUUCCCAGCAUUCACUCAGAGACAUUACAGUGCACUACUGUAUCUUAAUUCUGACUUUGAAGGAGGAGAGUUCUUCUUUGCUCAUCCUAACAAAACAGAGCAGGUGUCCAUCCAUCCCAAAUGUGGUCUUCUGGUUGGCUUUAAUGCUAGUAGUCUUCAUGGUGUGAAGGCAGUGUUGAAAGGACAGCGCUGUGCUCUGGCUAUGUGGUACACACUCAACCCUACCUUCAAGGAGAUAACACACAUUCAGGCUCGCAAGCUGUUAGAAGAGAAAGAGGCCCAGGAGAAACUAGAGAAAGAGCAUGAUGAACUAUAGCAAGUCUUGAAUGAGUCCACUUAGUUGUGAGUUGUAUGCCCUUGUAUGAUUGUUGACUCUCUGAGAUUGAUCUCUUAUGACAUAAACAAAUAUUUGAUCUUUGCUGGUAAAUAUAUUAUAGAAAUUCACAUUAUUAAUUGCAGUAAUUUUUAAAAAAUGUUUAUCAUAGAUGUAAAUCUAGAAUACGCUUUAUUGUACAGAAACAACUUUUUUUCUGAAACAUAAUUCUUCAAUAAAACUAAACCUAGUCACUUAAUUUAUUUCAAAGAUUACAGCUGUGACCAAACUUUUCAUGUCUGUAUAUACAGCAACAAGAUAGUUGCAAUACACUCUUUACAAGCUGUAAUGUUUUUUUGAGCAUUAGAUGUUGAAUGUCAUAUAGCUGGGGCUGAACAGUGUAGUGUUUUGGAAUAAGUCAGUAGGAUGUGAUGAGAUUUGCCUGUUACUAUUAUAAAAUAAUAUAUUUAUGUUGGUAUCUUGAUGUUUAAAAAAAAACAAAAUAAUAAUUGCUUAUCUUGUAGAAACCAGUUUGUUGGUUAACUUUACAGAAAUGAGUGCCAUGCUGAUAGAUUUCUAGAACAUCAUUGAGUCAGCAAGUAUAGUUUAGUCUACUCUUGUUGUAAUCAAUGCAUUUCUAUGUCAACAGCUUAUAUAGUCAGUAUUAAUAUGUAAUAGAUUUAGUUUAAAAAUAAAUUUAUAGUCGAGUGUAGCUGAGAGUAUUUGUAUGUCAUUUAUUACACCCAAAAUAAUUAUGACAUUUAUUUCUAUUUAUCAUUAUUUUUCUACAUGAUCCACAAAUAUUUCAUAACUUUUGUUUGUAGAUCUACAAUAUAAUAGAAUUAGUGUCUUUUCAGAUCUUUAGAUAAUUGUAUCCUGUCAUCAAUUCUUAAGAUAAUUCAUCAUGUUUGUGUGCAUAAUUGUAUCCUCAAUUCUUAAGAUAAUUCAUCAUGUUUGUGUGUAUGAUUGUAUCCUCAAUUCUAAUAUAAUUCAUCAUGUUUGUGUGUAUGAUUGUAUCCUCAAUUCUUAAGAUAAUUCAUCAUGUUUGUGUGUAUAAUUGUAUCCUCAAUUCUUAAGAUAAUUCAUCAUGUUUGUGUGUAUAAUUGUAUCCUCAUUUCUUAAGAUAAUUCAUCAUGUUUAUGUAUAUAAUAGUUUCCUCUCCUCAUAUCUUAAGAUAAUUCAUGAAACUUUCAUUUCUGUUAUCCUUUACAAAUAUGAAAUUAUUUUUACACAAAUGUACACGUAACAUUUAAAGUUGGCAAUAUUUGAACAUAUCUAUCAGUGGUCAUCACUUCUCUACUCUCAAAGUUAAAGAAGAUAUAUUUUCAAGUGUCUUGCUUUUAUUCUAUUUUUUUUUAUCUUCUUAUCAAUGCUCUCAUGUAUCCCACCACAACUUAUACUACUGACAUUGUCAUCUAAUAUGUACAUGGGGAUUGAGUGAACAAACCAAAGCUACUGUCAUCUAAUAUGUACAUGGGGAUUGAGUGAACAAACCAAAGCUAUAGUCAUCUAAUAUGUACAUGGGGAUUGAGUGAACAAACCAAAGCUAUAGUCAUCUAAUAUGUACAUGGGGAUUGAGUGAACAAACCAAAGCUAUAGUCAUCUAAUAUGUACAUGGGGAUUGAGUGAACAAACCAAAACUAUUGUCAUCUAAUAUGUACAUGGGGAUUGAGUGAAACAACCAAAGCUACUGUCAUCUAAUAUGUACAUGGGGAUUGAGUGAACAAACCAAAACUAUUGUCAUCUAAUAUGUACAUGGGGAUUGAGUGAACAAACCAAAACUAUUGUCAUCUAAUAUGUACAUGGGGAUUGAGUGAACAAACCAAAACUGCAGAAAUGUUUUCCUAUUUCAUCUUUUUUUGUCUUUCUAAUAUAUUUAUGCAAACGAACAAAAUGAAUUGUUAUUGAAAUAUUGUGUUAUAUUAUACUGAGGUGCUAAUUUGUUUUUUAUACAGUUUUUUAAAACCAUUUUUAAGCAUGAUUCUUUACUGGUUUCAUACAAGAUUUUAUAUCAUUAAGUCAUUUAAGAAGAGAUAUUACUUAAUUAUAUUAUUGGCAUAAUAACAAAUAAAUUUGAAUGUUAAGUUUUUAAAAUUAGUUUAUUUUAUUUAUGUGUGAAUACAUGUUUGAGAUCUCU